AUGGGAGUAUUAACUUGUCCUGAAAUAUUGAAGCUCAACAACAACAAUUUUGGCGGUAAGAUUCCCGAUUCUUUGCACAAUUGCUCUGUUUUGAAAAGUAUCGAUCUUGGAGACAACAAAUUAUCUGGGAGCAUACCUCCAUGGAUAGGAGGAUCAAAUGUAUCCAUGUUGUACAUGCUACGAUUGCGAUCCAACUUUUUUACUGGACAAAUUCCCAUACAAUUGUGCAAUCUUGGCAACCUUCGCAUCCUCGACCUUAGCCACAACAACUUUUCAGGUGCUAUUCCUAAAUGUUUCAAUAGUUUGACUUCUCUUGUUCGUGAUGAUUCCAAUGAAUCAUAUAGAAUAUAUAAUGAGCAAACCGUGCUGACAUUAAAAGGGGAAGAACUCGUGUAUAACACCACUCUAAUGCUGGUAAAGAGCAUUGAUCUUUCAUUAAAUUUUUUGGAAGGUGAAGUGCCUCAAGAGAUAGGUAGCCUCACUCUAUUGGGUACCUUGAACUUGUCGAGGAAUCAGUUGAUUGGUAACAUCUUCUCGAUUGUUGGAAGUAUGCAUAGGCUCGAAACUCUUCAUCUCUCACACAACCAUCUUUCAGGACAUAUUCCUCAAAGCCUUGCAUCCUUAACAUUUUUGUCCCACUUGAAUUUGUCUUAUAACAACUUGGUGGGAAGAAUUCCUUUAGGCAGCCAACUUCAAACGCUCGAUGAUUCCUCCAUUUAUAUGGACAAUCCAUCACUGGGGGGAGUUCCUCUUCCAAAGUGUCCGGGUGACGACACUUUCACUGCUACAAAUGCAAAACAUAGUAAUGAAGAUGGAAAUGAUAAUGGAGUGUUGUGGUUAUAUGUCAGCAUGAUCCUUGGCUUUAUCUCUGGCUUUUGGGGUGUUUGUGGCACAUUACUUUUGAAGCAAUCAUGGAGGUAUGCUUAUUUUCGAUUUUUUGACGACACCAAAGAUAAGGUAACAUUAGCAAUUGCGUUGAGAGUGGCUCGUUUGCAAAGAAAUUUUUGUCAUGUUUAG